AUGCCAACUCGAGCGACCAUGUUCAAAAAGAUUGAUUUCGAUCAAGAUACAGUCAUCGUCUACAUGCCAUUGCCAUUUCAUCUUGUCUUCGCUCAAAUUGAAAAGAAAUUUUAUCUUAUUGUUCUUCAAUCGAACUAUACACGUUCAGCUAACAUUUCUACAGAAAUUGCUCGAUCACAACAUUGUCCAUACAUUCAAGAACUCUUCGAUCAACAAAUUCUUGAUUAUCCAAUCCUUCGUCGAGUUAAAUACUAUCACCUUCCAUGCAUGAAAGAUUCUGAUCUUUUUUGUUUUCAUGAUAAUGAAACAUUCAUGUGUCUUUGUACAGAAAAAAGGCAUGCCAAUUGUUUUCAUUUCGAUUUCAAAAUGGCUUACGAUUGUAUGGGUUGGAACGAUUGUCAAAAUGAAGGACAAUGUUUUCAAGAUCAUCCAACAUGUCCAACAAAGACGAUUUGUGCUAUUGAACAAUCAUAUUGUUCAGAUAAUGAUAUUCCAGUAAUGCUUGAUUCUCUUGAUUGUAUAUCAUUAAUUAGUAAGCAAGAAAAAUUAAUUUUAUCAUUAACUGAUUGA